UCUCCAGGAGAAGGCACCGCCGUUCUUUCAAAAUGCUGUCUGCAGCCCAGUUACUCGAUGAGUUAAUGGGCAGAGACAGAAACUUGGCCCCUGAUGAGAAGCGCUCCAACGUGCGAUGGGAUGACGAGAGCGUUUGUCGAUACUAUCUGUGUGGCUUCUGCCCAGCGGAGCUAUUCACAAACACACGCUCUGACUUGGGUCCUUGUGAGAAAAUCCAUGAUGAAAAUCUAAGGAAACUGUACGAGAAAAGCUCCCGGUUUAUGAAAGAAGGCUACGAGCGAGAGUUCCUGCGGUAUCUGCAGUCUCUCCUGGCGGAAGUGGAGCGGCGGAUUCGUAGAGGACACGCUCGGCUUGCACUCUCCCAAGCUCAGCAAAAUGCAGGGGGCCCGGGUCCAUCUGGAAAGAACGAAGAGAAAGUUAAAGUUCUAACAGAGAAGAUAGAAGACCUGGUUUUACAGAUUGAGGAACUGGGGUCGGAGGGCCGCGUGGAGGAGGCUCAGGGAAUGAUGAAGCUGGUGGAGCAGCUGAAGGAGGAGAGGGAGAUGCUGAGCUCCACCCCCUCGACUAUUGAGAGCUUUGCUGCUCAGGAGAAACAGAUGGAGGUGUGUGAGGUGUGUGGGGCCUUCCUCAUCGUGGGUGAUGCACAGUCCCGGGUGGAUGACCACUUAAUGGGGAAACAACACAUGGGCUACGCUAAGAUAAAGUCUACUGUAGAGGAGCUUAAGGAAAAACUCCGACGUCGCUCUGAGGACCCUCAAGGCGAGAGCCCUACUGUCAAACGGGACAGAGAGGAGCGCGAGCGCGAAAGGGAGGAGCGGGAGAAGAAGCGCAAAGAGGAGGAAGAGAAGGAGAAGGAGCGGGAAAAGGAGAAGGAACGGGAGAAAGAGAGAGAACGGGAGAAAGAGAAGGAGCGAGACAGAGAGCGAGAGCGGGACCGUGAGAGACGGGCGAGGCGAAGCCACUCCAACAGCCGCCACUCCAGCCGAACGUCGGACAAGAGGCGGAGCAGAUCCCGCGACCGCCGGAGGUCUAGAAGCCGGGACAGGGAACGGAAGCGCAGCAGGAGUCGUGACAGAGAGAGGAGGCGCAGUCGUGAGCGAUCCGACAGAAAGCAUCGCUCCCGCAGCCGCGACAGGAGGAGGUCGCGUAGCUCAGAGCGCAAAUCUCACCGCCAUCGCAGCCGGAGCCGCAGCAAGGACAGAGAAAGAGACAAGGACAAGGAUAGAGAAAGAAACAGAGACAAAGGAAGGGACAAAGACAAAGAGCGGUCAUCAAAAGAAAAAGACCGUAAGGCGACAGAGGAGAAGAGCAGCUCUAAGAAAGAAAGCGACUCGGCCACCGUUAAGGCUUCGUCGGAGCCGGAACCGAUGCAGACCAAGGCUGCCGCCUCCUCCUCCCCUCCUCUGCUUAACGGCCAGCAAGAGCUCCUCCAAUCUGAAGGGGAAGCUGGAAUGUCUUGUGGAGGAAAAAGCUGAAGAGCACGCCCACCUUUACCCUGAACCUGACUUCGCUGCUUACAAACAAGGUGAACCACAGAUGUGUAGGGGGUUAUUUAAUAAAUAACCAUGAAAUGAUAUAUCUCAAUGAGGAGAGAGGGUUAAUACUUAGAUUAUUAUUUUUUUCUUUGUUUGUUUAAUUGGCUGGAUAAAAGGCAGUUGUGGUUCAUCUCAUAUUCAUCUGAUUCACUGGUAAUAGAUGACAGCCAGAUAUCACAUGGAAAGUGUAGAAAAAGUUCUUAAUGGGCUUUUUUGUUUUGUUUUGUUGAAAAUCUUUACACGUCCUAUGUUUCUUGGCAUCUAGUGGAAAUUGAAUAAAAACAGUUAUCGUGGUUUGUACUCAUUUGUCAGGUUCUACUUCUCCUGACCUUUUUUUUUUUUU